CGGCCCGGGCUGUGCGAUGCGGAGCAGCCGCUCGGCGCGGCGCUGGCGGGGGAAGCGCUGCGCUCAGCCCCUCGCAGCUUGCCCGGGAGGAGGGAGGAGACAGGCAGGCGCUGCGCUCAGCCCCGCUCCCAGCGCCGGCGGGCUCGGCUGCCUCUCGCCUGCUGCUGCCGGGCGCGGAGCUCCCCGGGGAGCGGAGCGAGGCGCCCUCGCGCCCCAUGCGGGCUCUGCCUCCUCUCGCCGCCGCAGCGCACGAGGGAAGGAGCCGGGAGCCGCUGGCCCAGCCGGCAGCAGUGUCAGACCAGGAGGGUCGCAGAUCAGUGGUGCCUGAUUCUCCCUUGAGGCCAAGAGCAUAUGCGCUGUGAAGAGCAGGAUGAGCCGGUGGAGAGGAGACGGAGGGAUGCAGCAGCCGUCCCCAUGAUGUGCGAGACGGGACUGAUCUCCCCGGAGCCCUCCAGCCCGAUGCAGUACUAUGGAGAGUCCUCCGACACCUACUACCAUGUUGACCGCUGGCAGAAACUCCGGACGGCCGUCAGGAAGCUGGAGUUCUGGGAAAACUUCAGUGCUGAGCUGAUAGGCAGCGGCUUCUUUUCCAAGGUUUACAAGGUGACUCAGAGUGCGACCUGCAAAGUGAUGGUGGUGAAAAUCUACAAGAACGACGUGGACCAGGAGGUGAUAGUGCGCGAGAUUAGCUUGCUGCAGAAGCUCUCCCACCCGAACAUUGUCAGGUACCUGGGGAUCUGCGUGAAGGAUGAGAAGCUGUACCCAAUUCUGGAGUACGUUAAUGGUGGGUGCCUGGAAGAGCUCCUGGCCAGCAAGGAGAUCACCCUCAGCUGGAAGGAGAAGGUGGACUUGGCUUCAGACAUCACAAGGGGGAUGAUUUACUUGCACUCCAAGAACAUCUACCACCGGGAUCUCAACUCCAAGAACUGCCUCAUUCGCGUGACCCAGCGGGGCCGGGAAGCCUUGGUGACGGAUUUCGGUCUGGCCAGAGAGGUGGUGGAGCUGCCCGUGAAGAACCCAGAGAGGAAGCUGUCCCUGGUGGGCUCCGCUUUCUGGAUGGCCCCUGAAAUGCUGCGGGGGGAGCCGUACGACAGGAAGGUGGAUGUGUUCUCAUUUGGCAUAGUCCUGUGUGAAAUACUGGGCAGAAUCCCCGCUGACCCGGAAGUGCUUCCCAGGACGCAGGAUUACGGCCUGGACGUUGCAGCUUUCCAAGGAAUGAUCAGCGAAUGUCCCAAGCGGGUUUUGGACCUAGCCGCAAGUUGCUGUCGGGUGGAAGCAUUCAAGAGGCCCUCUUUCUCCGAGCUGCUGGAUGAACUGGAAGACGUAGCAGAGAGUUUGGAAGCUCUAAAGGACAAUCAGCUGUCCGGAUGAUUGCCCAGGCUCCUCUGAACCCUGAUGGCGUCAGCCUCAAACUGUAAAUUACUCGUACAUCAGAAAAGGCGAGAGGAGAAAGAGAGCGAGGGUGAAAGACUAAAGUAAUGCCCUGGUAUUUAUUUAAUCGUGUUCUCAUUCUCACAUAGAACGUGUGGCUUGAAAAAUACAAAGGGGGAAUUUCCAAGGGAUUUUUUCUAGCUGAGGUUUUUAACAGAAAUAAUUCUGACGCUGAGCAGUCUUUGCUUGGUUGGUUUUUUGUUUGUUUUUUUUAAAAGAGGAAGAUACUAAUUUCUGAUGUAAAUACAGACGGCGAGAGAUUCUGGAGGGGACGCUGGAUAAUUGACUCUCAGCUGGGGAUGCUCUCUGAAGCCCAGGGUAGAAGUGUGGCUUUCCCCCUCCUCUUCCCCAUGGUCCUUCCUGUGUCUCAGCCCUCCAGUCUUCAUUGGAGCCAUCGCUGGAGGCUGUGGAUUUGGCAUUGUGUAAAGGGGAAGGGGCGACAUGGCAGAUUGUGAGCCAGUAAAGUCGCCUUACAGUACCUAGCCUUAAAACCGUCCUCCAGUAGCCUUGGGAGGAGAAUGCGUUCUGUAAUGUCUCUGGUCAUGUGACCUUCCUAGAAACUGACCCGCGUCCAAGCACCCGUGCUGUGCUCAGAGCAUUUGGGGGUUUCGUGUAGACAGAGGGUGAUGGUUUGGGAAUCCUGAUUGGCUGCUGAGGAAGUUAAACUUGCCUGUUUGUGGAACAUUCCACCGAGACAGGGGUAUUUGCUUUAACAAAUAUAAACUAAUGAACCAAUAUAUACCUUUGGGAAAGCUGCAUCAGGGAUGCUUGCUGUGUCACAGCCGUGUCCGUGCCAGCAGAGGGGCUUGCCGUGUCACAGGCGUGUCCGUGCCAGCAGAGGGGCUUGCUGUGUCACAGGCGAGUCUGUGCCAGCAGAGGGGCUUGCUGUGUCACAGGCGAGUCUGUGCCAGCAGAGGGGCUUGCUGUGUCACAGACAUGCUCGUACCAUCAGGGGGGCUUGCCAUGUUAUAGGCGUGCCCGUACCAACAGAGGGGUGCUCACCAUGUUACAGGCGUGUCCGUACCAUCAGAGGAUCUUUGUCUGGUACAGGAGUGCCCUAGCUUUCUUACAGAAGGUGCUAGACUGUCGGGGUUUAUUCCCAUGGCUCUCACAUACCCAAGACUCCUGUGACGGGGUCGCCCACUGAACAAAUACAUCCCAGCAAGCUCUGAGGCAGGUCUGUUGGGGGGCUGCUAGUCACUGGUGAGGGGGCCAUGAGGUGACCCAGUCACAGGUGGCAGCCCCGGAUUGGCAAGCAGGCAGGAUAAUGCCGACCACCUCCGCCCAGGGGAGAUCCCUGUGAGUUACUGGCUCUGUUCGCGUCUCGAUGCCCUUGUCGUGGUGUCGUGAUGCGCACACGGGGCACUGGGGCGUGCGCUCCGUGAUGCAGGCAGUCAGGACAGGGUUUCAGCUGGGUGUAUUGGGGUUCGCAGCUCUGGCCUUCGCUGAUUUGGGAUCCGCCUCAGGUCCCCUUCUGCUGCAUCCCCAGCUGCCCUCUCCGGGGGCAGAUGCAGACACACAGCGCUCCCCGACAGGCAGGUUCAGACCCUGGUACUGUAAUACUCACCUUAUGAUUCUGCUUUACCCUAUUAAAGACAAACCACUCCCUGAAAGGAAACCCUAGCUUAUCAGUGCAGAGCCUAAGCAAGUGUCCUGAACCUUGCGAAUGGGAUCCCAUCGUCCGGUCCAUGCAGGCCCAGCCCUCUGGGGUCUUUCACCUCUGCGAAGCAUCCUCCCGUAGCGGUUUCUGAACUAACGUUGCCAGGCAGAUGUGUUGUAUGGGGGCCUGGCCGUGCCAGCGCGAUGCUGGAGACAGAGGCGGGCUUUGCAGAGCUGCAGGACAAGAGCCGUCUUUGUUGGGCCCCCUUGACUUGUUAGUCGGGAUGGGGAAGCUUUGGUCAGAGGAGUUGGGCCACAGCAGUACAGCUUGUUCCACCCGAAGCAAAGGAGGAAUUUGCACAGGCCCAAGUCCUGAGGCAUUGUGGGGAUGCGCGAGCAUCUGAUUUAUGGGCUCAGGAGGAGAAAUGAAGAAUGUGCCAAUCAUCUACCCCCUGUACAAAGCCAUCUCCUCGUGUGUGGGUGUUUGUGUGCGACGACACUGACCCACCUCACAGGGUGUUGUGUACGUGAAUCAAAGGGCUAACGUGCUUUGCGGACGCUAAGGUCUAAGUGUUAUGUUUUCGUCUGGGAUGGGAUCCAGCAGGAGGAGGUUAAAUGCAGUUAGGGAAAUAGUUGGAGGAGUUGGGGUGGGCUGAGAUGGGAGGGAUUCCAAAUUAGGGGCAGGAGGGGGAAGGGUUAAUUAGCAGAAACCCUUUUCUAGAGUAAACAAACAAACAAACAAAAAAAAGGCAAGUGAUAAAUCCAGCAUCUGACUGGAUCUGGGCUGCUCCUAACACAUGGGAGGGUCUUGUAUGCCAGUGAUUUCUCAGCAGCAGGGCCAGCUCCACCACGGGUGUAAAGUGGUGUACUUCCAUCCAAUUGCAUGGAGUUACGCCACUUUACUCUGGCCGAAGCGCCUGCCCCUACAGUGUGAGCUCUUUGGGGCAGGGCCUUUCUGUGCAGUACGGCUGAACACAAGGGGGCAUCAGCCCCGCAUGGAGCCCUCAGGCGCUGCCCUCGUACAAAUGAAGAAGCACAAGUGGGGAAAUUCACACAGUGCGGUGAUGCGCUGUAACCUGACGCCCGGCCGUUUCUUACUGUCUGUUUCCCACUGUAAAUGUCCCGCUGGGUGUUUUCAGCUGCUCCUGGGCUCUGGCAGCGCCCUGCAGGCUGUAACAAGGCAGCACCUCGAAUGCAGAGACUUCAAAUGCCGGCGGAUUCUGUGUCCUGUGAAAUACAAACAGCUGUGUGGGGAAAGGGCACUGACAUCUGUGCAAGUGAACGUCUGCGGGAACAAGGGGCAGCGUUGUAAUGGUUUUGCAUUCUCGCAAGUACUGUAAGGAUUUGGAAGUCUGCAAGAAAUAUACUCAAUGCAGCAAAGAUGCACCAUACAGCGAGAGAUUUACUAGUUCGUACAUGUUUCUGGAUGAUUAUUUGUUGCUCUAUUUUCCUCUGUAUCGCUGCUGAUGAGUUUAUACACAAGGGACUUCUUGCUUAAGAGUUACAAUAUGCUCAGCAAAUAUGGAUUUCUGUGCAGCAGGCUCCGAGGAGCAGAGUCUUAAGGAGCAGCGGGGUGAGAUUCCCUAAUUCUUCUGCCUGGGAGGGAGACCGUGGCUCUUUGAUUCGCUUCCCAAUUUGGAGUCUCUGUACCAGCUGAGUGGAAGUUACAGGAGCUUGUGUGUUACUGCCUGGCAGUACAAACAGCAUUGAUAUGCACUGUGUAUCUUCAGUGUGAGCCAAGCAUCGCCAGCGUCACAGCAAAGUGCAGGGUAGUAGAAGGCAAAUCGCUAGGUUUGCAUUGAACUAUUAAAAGGUGAUGCAUGGUGAGAAAGGAGGAGACCUGCUGAGGAAUCCCCCUGCCCUCUUCAAAGCAGCCAGGCUGUACAAUCAGCUGGUGGGGGGCAGGGGAUGUGCCUCUUAAUCUCUUGAGAGCCAAGUAUGGUGACACUGUGGAGCAAGACCCACAGCCCAAUCCAACGUCCAUGUGUAACUCUCCUUGGCUUCAGCAGGAGCUGGGCUGGACCCUGUAGGAGGGACAUCAGGGUAUGUCAUAACAUAGAGGGCUCUGAAUGAUGUAGGGCUUGAUCCAAAGUCCACUGAAGUCACUGGAUCAGAGUCCCAUGGAGCAUAGGCCUGGAAGGGACCUCCUGGGUCAUUGCGUCCUGUCCCCUGCUUUGCAGGCCGCACCCACUGUAUCAUCCCCUUCGUGAACUUACCCAGCUCCAGCUCAAACCAGUUCAGUUGUUUGCCCCACACUGCUUCUGUUGGGAGGCUGCGCCACCGCCUCGCUCCUCUGCUGGGCAGAAGCCUUCUUCUGAUCUCCAGCCUAAAUACGCUCCUGGAUGGUCACCCCCGUUUGUUCUUGUGCCAAAAUUGUCCUGGAGCUUCGGUAGCUCUUCUCCCUCCCUGGGAUUCCCCCCACUUCCCUCCCCAUGUAUUUAUUGGCUUCAGUGGGCUUUGGUUCAGGCCCUCAAUUGCUUUAAUAACAUUAGCAGAGAUCUUCCCCUUUGCCUCCUCUCCACAGCAUCUGGAGUCCCAGCUGCGCGAGCUCUGUUGCAAAUACUGAACAACAGUAACAGUAAGAGGGAUCCAAUUUGGCAUGGAAGGCAGGCACAUGUGGGUCUAAACCGAGGUCGGUCCUUGGUAAUUGGGAGUGCUGCAGGGCAUGGGUACAGGCCUGCUUCUGAAGGUACAGGUUGCAAUUUUCAAAGGCCCUUGUGGGAUUCGGUGCCCAAGUUCCAUUAAAUUCUGGACUGGGUGGAGUUUGGAGGCCUGCUCCAUAGAUUGGACAGAUCUAGAGCAGAGGGGGAUGUGGGUUGCUUUGUAUUAUUUGGCUUGGCUGCAUGGGCAGUGCUAGGGCUGAGUGGUCUCUGCAGGAUUCUCACACCUGUAACCUCGUCUCCUGGAACAACCUCCUUAGUGCAUGAAGAAUGAUCCUCUAGCAGUAGGUGUGUCCCACCCAAGGCGGUCUGCUCCUUCAGUCCUUCCAAGUGCCCACUUUCCAUGUGACUGGCUCCUCGGUGGGGAGCUGGAACAGAGGUGAGCUCGCUCUCCACUUAUUUGCUGCAACCCAACCCAUCCCAGCAACCCCUCACCCAAUGCAGUGAAGACCAGAGCAGGGAAUAGAAGUGAAAGGGGCGGAUCUGUUACUGCAGAGUCAGGAGCACAAGGCCUGACCACAGUGAAAGUUACAAAGUAGAACAUAAUUGCAAAGUGAAUGGAAACUUUGUUGAAGGUCUAAUAAAGUAUUGUUGACUCCUUUUAA